AUGAUCGUUCAGCUUCAAACAUCGUAUGGCGAGCGUCGACUAUGGCUAACACGAAACUCGCGGAAGAAUGCGCUAGACACAGGUCGCUUCUGCUUUCGAGGCGAAUUUAAGAAGGAUUUACAAGUUUCACCUUUCACUCCCCUCGAGGCUAGCUAUGUGAUUGACUCGUCUGACCCUUGUGCCCUUCCAUUGCGAAAUAUCAACAUCAUGGUGACCCUGAAAAAGGGAAGUAAAGCAGUCAUGCAAGCUGAAGUGACCUCUAUCCGCCCACCCCUUGACGCUGCCACUGCGAGUCUAGGCUCCUCCAUGCUCUUCCUCUUGAACUGGUGGUGGGUUCCCAUGUGCACUGUUGUGGUAUUUCGUAUUCUGUUCAAAGCUUCGAAGAUUUACUUGUUACAUACGAAAAAAGAACUGGAUAUUCAGACAAGAGCGGAGCCUAUGAAAACGUCCAUCGCAAAGUCUGCAAGGCUUUCUGAAAGGUAA